AUGCAGGUGAUGGAUUUCACUGAUGAAGAGAUCAGGAGGUGUGGAAGCUCUUGUCUGGGACUCUGCAGCUCGGGAAUCUUGAGUUCAUGACGGCCGGAGGAGCCCAGAUUACAACCAAAGCCGUCUUGAGUGACGUGGCCGAUAUGUUGGGUUUGGACUCCUUCCAGCUGUCCGAGGUGCUGACACAGAGAUCCAUGAUUCUCCGGGGAGAAGAGAUCCUGUCUCCUCUCACAGUGGAGCAGGCUACAGACUCCCGUGACUCCCUGGCCAUGGCGCUCUACGCUCAGUGCUUUUCCUGGCUGCUCGGAAAGAUCAAUGCCCGUAUCCGAGGGAAGGAGAACUUCAAGUCUGUCGGGAUUUUGGACAUUUUCGGCUUCGAGAAUUUUCAGGUGAAUCGGUUUGAGCAGUUCAAUAUUAAUUACGCCAAUGAGAAGCUUCAAGAAUAUUUCAACAAACACAUAUUUUCCUUGGAGCAGCUGGAAUAUAACAGGGAAGGCAUCAACUGGGAAGCCAUUGACUGGAUGGACAAUGCAGAAUGUCUGGAUCUAAUAGAAAAGAAACUCGGUUUCUUGGCUCUUAUCAAUGAAGAAAGUCGUUUCCCUAAAGGCACAGAUUUCACUUUGCUUGAAAAACUUCAUAACCAACAUACUAAUAACCCCCACUACGUGAAGCCACGAGUGACCGAAAACCAGUUUGGAAUCAAGCACUAUGCGGGGGAGGUCACGUAUGAUGUGAAGGGUUUCCUGGAGAAGAACAGGGACACUUUCCGGGAUGAUAUCCUGAACAUGCUAAGAGACAGCAGGCUGGAUUUUAUUUAUGAUCUGUUUGAGAAGGUCUCCAGCAGAUCUGGAGAGGGAACCCUAAAGAUGGGGACACAAAAGAAGAAGCCUACAGUCAGUUCUCAGUUCAGGGAAUCCCUCCAUUCCCUCAUGGCGAUGCUCAGCACUUCAAACCCGUUUUUCAUCCGUUGCAUUAAACCCAACACAGAAAAGCUGCCAAGUAAAUUCAGCCCAGACGUUGUCCUGAACCAGCUGAGGUACUCUGGAAUGUUGGAGACUGUGAAGAUCCGGAGAGCCGGGUACCCUGUCCGCAGACAAUACCAGGAUUUCAUGGCCAGGUAUAAGAUGCUGCUGAGCAACAUCAAAGGUACAGAUGACAUGAAGGGAAGGUGUGCUGCCGUCCUUCAGACUUUCGAUGCCUCCAAGAAAGAUUGGCAGCUUGGCAAGACCAAGGUAUUCCUCAAAGAGGGGCUGGAGCAGCGGCUGGAGAAGAGUCGGGAGCUAGAACUGAAGAGGGCAGCCUUGGUCAUCCGUGCGCACAUCCAGGGCUACAUCGCCAGGAAGUAUUAUAAAGUUAUUCGUCUCAGUAUUAUCACCAUUCAGAAGAACUACCGGGCUCACUACUGGAGGGCCACUUUUGUGCGCCUCCGACACUCAGCUCUGCAGUUCCAGAAGCACUGGCGUGGGAGAACGGCCAGACACCUCUAUCGACAAAUGCUGGAAGAGGAGAGGAAGAGACGAGAGGAAGAGGAGAGGAAGAGGAAGGAAGAGAGGAAGAGAGGCGGAGGAGGGAGCUGGAGGAGCAGAGGAAACUGGAGGAAGAGAGGAAGAGACGAGAAGAGGAAGAGAGGAGGUAGA